AUGAACCAAGUACCUCGUCUGAUUGCACCACAUUCAGUACCACAUAUGAUACCGGUUAUACCACAAUCAGUACCACGUAUGAUAGCGGUUACACCACAACCAAUUACUAUUACAUUAGGACCACAGUCAACCAAAGUAUCUGCACCAUAUGUAACAACAUCUGUUACAACGUCAACAACAUCACAACCAGUUACUAUUAUAUUAGGACCACAUUCAACCAAAGUAUCUGCACCACCUCCAACAGUAUCUGCUGCAACGUCAACAACAUCACAAUCUGUAGCAGCUGCUUCUCGAGAAUUUGCUGUUAAAGUACCUAAAACUCGAGCUCAAUAUGGAGUUAUGGAAUUUGCAAAUGGUCUCUCAGUCGAUGUAAAAGAUUGGAAAGCAAUGGAAAUGAGACGUGAAAUAAAUCCCUAUACAUAUCGUCCAGCAACUAAUCUUGAUUCUAAUGCUCCAUCAACAUCGACAUUGUUCACAACAUCACUUGGUAUUGUUUUACCUAAAACCGGUGCAGGAAGUGAAUAUGGUCGGGAACAAAAAGAAGUAUUAAAACGAAAACGUUAUGCAACUAAAGGAACAAAUAUUGAAGAUCUUCCUUGGUUAUUAACUGAUCGUUCAUCAACAGAAAAAAAAUUAAAACAUUAUCGAGGAUUAAAAAAAGGUGGUGUGACAACAAAUUCAUCUUAUUAUAUAUUUAUACAAGGUAAAGAAGGUUUUGAAGCAUAUCCUGUUGAAGAUUGGUAUGCAUUUACACCAACAAGUGUUUAUAAAACACUUGAUUUCGAUGAAGCUGAAAAACAAUAUCAAGAACGACAUAAACAUUUAAGUAAAUGGUUUUUAAAACAUCAAGUUAAAAAAGAAAAAAUUAAUGAAGAUGAAAUUGAAAAUCAUAAUGAUGAAAAAGGAAAUAAAUCAAAGGAUAAGAAUAAACGUUCUUUUAAAUUACUUGAUUCUGAAGAUUGGGUUAAUGAAAAUGAAGAAGAUGAAAAUGAGAAUGAUGAACGAGAAGAAGAUGAUGAUAAUGAUAAAUCAAACAAAAAAUCAAAAACAAAUAAGAAAAAUAGUAAAAAAUUAAAAGAUGCAUGGACAUUAAGUGAUGAAGAUGAAAAUGAAACAAGCCAUACAAAAGUUAAAAAAGGAAAGACUACUCAACAUCAAACAAAUGAAAAUCAAGAAGAUUCAGAUGAUGGUGAUCAUGAAUGUGAUGAAAUUGAUUAUUCAACUGAUGAAACAUCGGAUGAGGAAGAUGAUAUAAAAGAUGCUCAUACAGAUAAAUCAUCAAUGAAAUAUGAAGUUAAAGGCAUUGAUGAAGAAAUGAAAACAAUACCAGAUAUAGAAAAAAAACUUGAACAAAUGGAUAAAAAUGCAGAUGAACUUGAUUUUGAUGAUGAUGAUGAUAAUGACGACAUUCUUGAUUCGGAUGAAAAUGAUGAAGAAAACGGUAAAACAACAGUUGAUGAUUUGUCUGAUGUCAGUAAAUUACUCAAAAACGAUGCAGUUAGUAAAGAAAUGGAAUCAAGUUCCGAUGAUGAUGAUCUUGACGAUUCAGACGAUCCUGAUAAAGAAUCGAUUGAUCCAAUAUCUAAUUCUAUUAAUACUCAAUUAAUUCCAUCUGAACAGAUUAAAACUGAAAAAGGCCAUAAGAAAGCAAGAGAAGAAGAAAUGCGAGCAAUAAAAUCGAAAGUUAUGUCUUUACCAAGUACACCAUCAAAUCCUAGUGAAACAAUUACUGAAGAUAAAGUUCGUAAUUUACUUUUACGAAAACAAUAUAUGACAUUUACAGAAUUAAUUCAAAACUUUUUACCUAAAACAGAAAAUUUACGAACAAAAGAAAUUAAAGAAGGUAUUGUUCAAAAAUUAGCAACAAUUCUAAAACGUCUUAAUAUCGAAGAAAAAAUUAUUAAUGGUAAAAAACAUGUUAAACUUAAAACAACUUAA